GUUUCUGUGUUGUGUAGCCAUGGCAACAUGUUGCUGGUGGAUACAGUCAGUAACUCAAACAGCUGUUAGCAGUUGAGUAAAGAUGGACACACAGGAGCACCAGACAACUUCAGAUGAACUUCAGGAGCAACGUCAAGCUCUGACAGGAGAAAAUUUGCAGCUGCGUGACAAAUAUGAACGCAUUUUCACCAAAGUGGGCUACCUGGAGAGCAGACUGGGCCACCUGGCCAGCUCCAACACAGACCUGUCCUGCAGGCUGGUCAAGAGUGAAGAGGACAAACUCAAGAUAUCUAAGGAGCUUGUGGAGGAGAAAAUCCAGACAAACAAGCUGAGAGAGCAGUUUGAAGAAGAGAGGUUUGAGCUGAAAAACAAGAUAUUGAACCAAGCCGGAGGAAUAACAGAGCUUGAGAUGGAGCGAGACAACUUGUUCAGGGAACUCCGGUCUGCUGAGGCUCUUCUGAAAGUGGGAGAGAAGCGCGGCCGAGACCUGACAGAGGAGUACGCCACGCUGAGGAAGAGCUACGUAACUCUGGCUAAUGCCCGUGAUGAAGAGCUGGCCCAGACUGAAGAGCUGAGUGCUGAGCUGCUGGAACUGGCCAAGGCCCAGGACGCCCUCCGUAGCGAGCUGGAGGAGCAGCAGCAGAGCGUGAAGAGCACCACCCAGGGCCUGCACAGUGAGCUGGACAGGGUGCGGGCCUUGAUCAGCCGCAUGUCAUGUAACAGAGUCAAGCUUGAGGAUCUGGAAGCUUUGGAAAACGAGCAAAAAACUAUGGAAAAAAACCUACUCGGAAACCAAGAUGAGAUCAAAGACAUGCUGGAGAAAAUGAAGAACAGCUACGAGUUGCAGCAGAGGAAACUGGAGGAGAAAGUGGUGGAAAUGGGCAAAGAGCAGCAGGAGAACAAGAGAGUGAUCCGUAAUCGCCAGCACAAACUAUCUGAGCAGAGGGGGGCCCUGAUGUGCUCUCAAAGCCAAGUGAGAGAGGUAGAAGAAGAGAACUCAAAGCUGCAGCUUCAAGUCAAAGAGCUGAAUGAGGAAUACCGUGUGAGGCUCGUGUACUAUUUACAGGACUCGGCUGAGUACAUUGACGCACUUGAAGAUGGUAAAAGCCCUUCAGAGACUUCUAAGAUGAGAGCACACGUGGACCGCAUGCUCCAGGAUGUUCGUUCAUCCUACAGGGUCAGGGAGGAACAGCUCGCCUAUGCUGCUCGCUCGUAUAAGAAGAGGCUUCAGAAGAUCACCAAGACCCAUCAUGCUCUCCUUAUUGCAUACAGGGUUCAAAGGGAGCAGAUCUUGGCCGAACCGGAGAGCGGUCUUGCACCUGGACCCCCAGAAGCCAAUUUCAGCAUGGAGCCGACCGAGCUCAGAGAUGAAACUGAGAAGGAGCUCCAGCACCUUCGCCAGGACAAAGCGAGGCUGGAGGGUCAGCUGCAGGCGGCCCAGAACCAGGUAAACGCGUUGCAGGUGCCUGUUCCGAAAUUUAGCCAUCAGGAGCCGGCAUGCGAGGGAUCCUGGUCUGACAUAAGGAAACAGAUGAGGGAGAUCACCGAGUCUACACUGGUGGGCUUUGAGAAAGAGCGUGCCCUUCUCAUCACCAGGGCAACAGUUGCAGAGACGCAGUUGACGGAGUUGCAGGACUACCUCGACAACCACCUGGGCAGGUAUAAAGAGGAGAUCUCACAUCUAUACAGAGUGAGUGGGAUACAGGAAGCCGGGCGUACCCAAAGUGCUAAUUCAUCACUCCCUUAAGAAAACUGGCCGCAAAAUCUGAACUCCAGUCAUAUAUAUUAAAAUGUAUAUUAAAAUGA